AUGGGUCAGGUUGGGGAAAUAUUUUCCACCAAAAAAUUUCUUUUCUUCUUCUUUCAACUAAUUUUUUCUUCAGAUAUAAUAUUCCUCAAGGCUUGGGUUGAUGUCCCCGUUCCAGAAUUCUUUGUUACAAUGACAGAUAAAUUAAUGCCUUCAGUUGAAAAAUGGUUGGGAAUGCGUACAGUUGGAAGACUACGGCACGAAUUGGGGUUAAAAAUUGAACAAAAAGAAGAUUCUGGUUAUCACAGGAAUUUAAAAAAUCAAUUAGUAGAGCGUCCAUAUAUUAAAUCAGAAUUGGUUAUCCCCAAAAAAUUGCAAAAACAACUUCCAUAUAAUUUAAAACCUAAAAUUGAAAAAUUAACAGACAGAAGAAAUGAAAAUAAAAAUAAAUCAGAAUUAAUACAAAAACAUACAGCAUUAAUACUUGAACCUAAAGAAAGUAGAUUACACGCGAUGAUGAAAAUGUUAAAGACAGUAAAUGAAGAUAAGAGAGAAAAAGAGAAGGAAAUGAAUGAAGCGAGGCUUGAAAAACGGAAAAAGGAAUUAUCCAAAAUUAACGAAAAACGGACAAAGAAAAUGAAAGAAACCAGAAAAGCUUAUUGUAGGAAUUUAUCGAAAAGGGAGGGUAAACAGAUAAAAGAUGCUAUAGAAACGAUUGGGGCCUGA